ACGUGCCCGCGUUUUCGCCACGUGCAUUGCCUGGAGAGUAGUUCUUCUAGCAAGUGGCAGAGCAGUUCGAAUUCGGAAUCCAACAGCCGUUGUUGUGCAGUCCGAUCCUUCGCUCUUACGAGGCGCUGCAUUUCCGUUCCGUGGAGCUCAGCAUCGUCAUCCCAUCAAGAGCAACGUCUGAUCACAACUUUGUUAAAGGUAUGGACCACUCUCGACACCCUGUGCAACGGCGAUCACCAUCCCCGUCACCGGCUCCCAUGGACACAGGUUUCCAGGAAGUCCCGCCAUCCAACCCAGGCGUAGGUGGUCCGACGCACAGCAGGAUCAUCGUCCAUGUCGCGCGUCGCUACGGCCCUCCCAAGCGGUUUGCCACCUUUACCAAAUUUCAAGUACUUGCACACUUCUGUCUACAGUCCAGGGAAAGAGUCUCGCACCAUGACCUCUCUCCUUGCGGAAGGUGAGAGUUUUGGACCACCGCUACCAGGAGGACUGGGAAGAUUGAAUGUUGGCGUUCAAUUAGCAUAUCCGGCGAGGGGAAUGGCAUGUGAAGGUGGGUAUGUGCAUGAUGGCCAUGGUACGGGGGCCAGUGUUGAUAGGCCACAUACACCUCCAGCAUUGUCUGCAUACUCCAUGUCGGCGGGAGGGGUGGGGGGGUGUCCAUUCGCCAUCUUUCGCACCAGCGCCAGCGCCAGCGAACUCCAUGUCCGGGAGAGAGGGGGGCGGGUGUCCAUUCGCCAUCUUUCUCACAAGCGCCGGCGAACUCCAUGUCGGGGGGAGGAGGGGGUGGUGUCCAUUCGCCAUCUUUCGCACUAGCGCCAGCGCCAGCGAACUCCAUGUCCAGGAGAAGGUGGGGGGGGUGUUCAUUCCCCACCUUUCACACAAGCGCUAACGAACUCCAUGUCGGGGGGAGGAGGGGGUGGUGUCCGUUCGCCAUCUUUCACACCAGCGCCAGUGAACAGCACCCACGUUCGACCGCAGUUUAUGUACUCUUCCGACAGCGGACUAUACCAUGCUUCUGCACCUCUGGCAGGGGCAGCUGUCUCUGCCACGACUGGUGAUGUCCAGACGGAAAGCCAUUGUCGUGACUAUUAUGAUGGAGGAGAUCCCAUCAUCGACGCCGACAUGGGUGACGCUUUCACCGAACCCGCCGUUGACAUUGUGGGGACCCAAGGUGGAGGACGUGCGACUGUACGCAUCGACGACAACGAAGGGGCUACGCAGUGUGAUGACGUCAUUCCAUGGCCGGAUCGCGUGGAAAGGUCUGCACGGGCGGAGGGGGGAGGUCGUGGGGGACAAGACAAGGGCAAGGCGAGAGUUCGGGGUCCCGACUGGACAGAGAAGGAGAGCAUGGGACUGGGGAGGAUGAUGUUCGAGGAAGACUGCGCGCAGCAAAGCAGGCAGGGGAGGCAGAAGAUCAAGGGGAGACGGGAGAAGUACGAUUGGAUUAUUGGGAAAAUGGUGGAGCAAGGAUUCCCCAAACGCACCAUGGAGGACUGCGAGUCGAAGUUCUAUGGCCUUCUCGAUAAAGCAAAAAAGAUCCACGAUUACACCAGCAAAUCUGGCAAGCCGAGCUACCGGGACAUGUCACGUUCGGAGAAAAAGGAGGCGGGCCUUCGAUUAACAUACGAGAAACGAAUGUUCGAUGCCCUGCAAUGGAAGCUUGGGAAGGCGGAUGGCUCCUGCGAGGGCAUGAUGCACAGUGUGAAUUUGCAGGGAGGGCAGACCAGCAUGGUGACAGAUGAUGAUGAAACUGGUGGCAGCAGCGAGAGUGAAGGGAGUCGGCGAAAAGCAGACAGCGACAGCGCUGACGGGGCGAAGUUUAGGAGGACUGGGGGAGGGAGCAGCCACAACCGGCGAUCGGCGCCAGAGAGUUCAAGUGACGCUUCGAGGGGAGGUUUGUUCGCUGACAUAGCACGUGCUCUUGUCGAAGCGAAUGACCGUCAUGCUGACAAGAUCGCGGGGAGUUUAGUACAGGUCAUGAAUGGGAUGAACAAGACCAUGGAAGAAGGUAACAGCACGCUGUUGCAAUGCUUCACGAUGCUUUUUGGUGCGAUGGCGGGACGCCCUGCAUUCGUUCCUCCAGGGGCCAACCACACGGGUUCGCGUGUGCGGAAGUUCGAUCUGACGCCUGUCCAUCUGCGUGUCACUUUCCUGACUGCUUUGUUUCAGGAUUCCCGAAAGGGAGCGUGCACGCGUCGUGGCGACAUGUCAUCUUCUCCGCUGUGCAGUGUUGGCGAGGUUGUAGACAUGGCGGGCGAUUUCAUGCUCACCCACAGGCGCCUCAUCCAACAAGCGCAUGAGCUUGCACGGAAGUGAGGUGUGUUGUUCACGUGCGUGUCGAGUAUGGUGGACGAGCUGCAGCGUCUACAGGGCGAACUAGAGAAGGCAAACAUGAGAGAAGGUGUGACCGUGUCAAGGGCCGAAGCUGCGGAGCGAUCUGCUGUUGUCCUGAGGCAGGAAGUGCUGCGCCUGCAGCAGCAAUUAGCGCUUUAUGAAGGGGGUUCUGAGCAUAACCCCGGAGAGCCUGACAAUUUUGUCACAACUGUGCAGAGCCCCGGCUGCAGGCGAGGAGGAACUGUUGCCAACGUCACAGUUUCGGUGGGUCACAUGCAACGUGACUCCGCUCAACGCACACCUCCGCAAGGGCGGGUGUCUGCUGACAACAGGUCGCAGGACACCAACCGCCGUGACGUCACGACGGUCGCUGAUCAGUUGAGGAGACUCAGGAGAGCCAUGUGUAUGGAGGGUGAUUCCGUGAACGACCUCCGGUAAUGCUGUGUUCGGGGUAGUGGUUUGAGGUUGCUAUCCGACGGAAUUAUUUUUUUUUAAUUCAGUUUCGACUGUUUUGUACACUGAAUUAAAAAUAGUGUGGCGGUUUGGUGGGGAUGCCCACCUGUGCCUGGCCAAUUUUGGUUUCAAUGUAGGUGUGUCGAUCAGCAGGUAGCAGUAGCACCCGUGCAGUUUUGAUGGGUACGUACUGGAAGCGGCCAAGUAUUUUUAUUCAGUAUGAUGUUUUCGAUUUGUUGUUUUCGUGUCUCCUCGAACUGAUGAAACGACCGAUGGCUGAUGUUCGAAUCACCAUGGAAGAUUCCAUGGUUAUAUUGCAUUUUUAAAU